UCUUUACCCUAAUCAAUUGGGCAUCUUUUUCCUGAGCUUGUCGUCCCCAAUCCAGAAUUUUCAGGUUCUGCACCAAGAUUCUCCUUCUUCCGCCGCCGCCGCCGCCGCAACCGCAACCGCAACCGCGUACUUCCACUUCGUAGUGAACUAGGAUUUGAAAAUUGGGGCGAUUUUACAUACGCUUUUUCUCAACUUCGCCACUCUUUUCCCUCUCGAUUUUAUCCAGUGGUUAUUCUCCGCUUCCUUUUGUUCCUGGAGCUGCUGUGCAGAGGAAUUGUUACGGUGAAGGAGAGCAGAAGAGGAGAGGUUGAUCUCCGGUGACUAAAUUGUAGAGCUCGUUACUGCACAAUCACCGGCCCUAAUUGAACACUUAGCUUCCUCGUCGACCAUUAACCGAACGCCCCCACUAUUUUCCUUCCUCUCUACCUACCAACCUUCUCUACGCUGACAGCGAAGGGAGUUAGUGGGAAUGAAUUUAGUGAUGAACAACCACCACCCCAAUUUGGGGCCGGUUUUACUAGAUCCGUCGCCGAUGGGAAUCAUCGGCGAGAGCUUAGGUAAGCCGUCUAUCUAUUUUUCGGCUACUGAUACUCCUUACCUCGCACCUCGCCUAGGACACGUCGUUGUUGGAAAAUUCCCCCUCUCAAUCCCCACCUCCCAACAUAUCCAAAACGCUUUUGCUAACAUGAAUUUUGUUGGAUGUUCAUGGAAAUAUUUAGAUGAUAGGCAUGUUCUCAUUGAACUGUCUGAUUUUACUGACUAUGUUAACUUGCUUAAUGGACCUAAUGGCAUACCUGUGUGGUUCAUUGAACAACAUCCUAUGCGUGUGUUUGAAUGGACAACUGAGUUUGAUCUGUCAUUUGAAUCCCGUAAUGUUGCUGUUUGGUGUAGUCUAUUUGCCUUGCCUCUGCGUUUCUUUGAUACUGCCACCCUAUUCGCAAUUGGUAGAAUUUUUGGCAAUCCUAUUAAAAUAGAUCACGCGACUAUCACACGCUCUAGAAUAUCCUUUGCUAGAAUGUGUGUGGAAAUAGACAUAUCCAAACCACCACCAAAGAAGUUUGUGCUUGAUAUUGGUGGACGUGAAAUCACCCGAAGGGUGAAAUGGGACAAGAUCCCUCUGUUUUGCAUGGAUUGUCGAAAUGUGGGGCAUUCAAAAGUGACAUGCUGCAAAACUUUUAGGAAGAAAAGAAAAAGACCAAUCCCUCUGUUUCGCAUGGAUUGUCGAAAUGUGGGGCAUUUGAAAGAGACAUGCUGCAAAGUUUUUAGGAGGAAAAGAAAAAGACCAAAGAGAGACUAUAACAGAGCUGUGCAAAUGCCCACUGAUCAAACUACAAGAAGAAAACCCACCAGAUCUGCCUUUACAGGAGCCACGGAUUUGGGUAUUGGUAUACAAUGUGAGACGUUGCACGGUAAUGAAGAGGACGACUUCAUGCUACCAAAUCCACUGCGACCUAGGAUUAUGAGGUCCCUUCUUGUGCAGUGGCAGCCUCCAGAUCAUCCCUGGGUCAAGCUUAACACUGACGGCUCCUUUGCCGCAGGAUCGGGGCAGGCAGGAGGAGGAGGACUGGUGCGGGAUUCAGACGGCAUGCUCCUUGGUGCCUUCUGCACCCCCCUCGCCGCUACUUCAGGCUUUGAAGCGGAGCUUCUUGCUCUAUGUCAAGGUUUGUUGAUGGCAAAGGAGCAGGGGGACCAUGUUUGGAUUGAGCUUGAUGCGGCUGCUAUUGUCACCAUGCUUAAAUCGGGGAAGCAAGGCCCAACAGCUCUCCGACACACAAUAGUUCAGAUCAGGCUCCUCCUUCGGCAGAUUCAAUACAAGAUCACUCACAUACCCCGUGAAGGCAAUCGCGCAGCAGACUUUUUGGCAAGCAGAGGGACCCAAACCUCUGACCUCACUGUUUAUGAUCAUAUUUCUGCGCCACCAAUUCUGAAGGCACUUGUUAGGAUGGACCAAUGGGGUUAUCCUAACCUCAGAUUUAAAUUUGAGGAUGGGUUACUAAAUUAUUCUAAUUAGUAAUAUCUGCUUGGGCGUGUCUAUCACUUUGUUACAUCUCCACAACUGUGGUUUGUUUAGCUUAUUUACAUCAGUUUCAGAUCGAAGCUAGAGCUGUGCACCUGUGUUUGGCCUCUUAUUCUGUUUGUCCAAGGCCACGAAUCCACUAUAUUGUCCAAUUACACACCCCAAAUCCCUCAUCCCCUGCUGUUUUGGCCUCUGUUUCUGCUAUGACCCUUCUGCAGCGUUAACCAAAGUUAAGUCUCACCUGUAAUAAGUUCGUCCUGUAUACUAAAACCCUUGUUUCUGAUUUUUCAUAGUUGAUUUCUUGAGCAGUGGGCUGUAAUAGGUAGUUGAACUUGCACUGAUGUCCCCAAAACAGCAUUCCCAGUUAAGAUAUUCAGGUUCUUCUAACAAACUGACACCAGCAACCUCUAUGAUCUCAUUAAUCGUAGCAAUUAACAGUAUUUCAUUUGUACCAGUUGUAUUAUGCUCUUCUUUCAUUUUUUAUGCAGGUCUGCUGUCAAUAAUUGGAUCUGGGGAUCAAGCAAAUGAACUUUACAAGGAGGCACUUCCCAUCAUCUUCCAAACACUGUGUUCCAUGGAUGAACCAUCAUUUAUACCAGUAAUUUAAAUGCUUAAUCAAAAGACACUGAAAUUGUGCAGGGUUCUUUAGCUAUAAGCGCGUUUGUCUGUCCAGAUAUUUUUGUGAAAGUAGCUGCCAUGUAGAGAAUAUGGGGUGUGGUCUGUUGGUGGUGUAUGUCCAAUAAUAGCUUUGUGAUACUGAUACAGACUGGCUCCCACCUUAACUCGAACAGAUACUGUUUGUAGUUUGUUAUCCUUUAUUCGAAGCUUUUUGUUGGUUUUUUACAUUUCCAUAUACAAUUCAAAAGCAUAACAUUCUAAUUUGUUUUUACGUUUCUCAGGUUUUGUCCAGCCAUUACCGCUUGGUCGUUUAUCCUGACCAUAACCAACCUUAAUCAACAUCUCUGGAUAUAUCAGCCUUGGAUGCUCUACGUGUUCCCAUCUACAUCUAAGACGGGAAAAUGCGCCACAUUUGCUGGUUUGCUUUCCUUGUCGCUAUUUUCUAAUACGAUUUCACAAUAAUUCUAUGUUUAAUUUAGCUAAACUCUACUAUUCCGAUAGGAAAGUGCAUUUAUGCAUGAUGUAUUUAAUGCCAUUAUUGUCGGUCAUCAAAGGAGGGGGGUUGUGCUUAUUAUUGUGAUAGAGAAAAGCUUAGUAUGUAACUUUUUUUUUUUGAGAAACUGUUAGUUUGUAGCAACUUAUUAUACCAUGAACUUGUUAAUUCACAGGUACAUGGAAAAGUAUUAGGACUAAUACUAGUAUUCAGUUUCUUCAAAGUAGUAAAAAUUAUUUUGGUUGGAAUGCA